AUGGCAAAAAGUGUUCGUGCAAGUGUACAAAAGCGCAAUAAAGCAAAGCUCCGCUCUACUGUCUUUGGGCCUGCUGUGGAUGCCCGGACAGAAAGAUUAUCCGCAAAGUUGCAAGAGCUUGCCUCUCAGCCUAAACCUAGCGAUCAAAAUUCGCAGGGUGAAAACACUAAGGCGGAUUUACCAACAAGCAAUGAAGCAAUGGAUAUCGAUUCCUUGAAAACCACCAGCGGUGGUGAUCGAUCGCAACGGCGGGGACGGAUCCAGAAGCGGCAGAGGAACAAUCGCUCAUCCAUCGUCUUCAAACCACAUCCAUCAAAGACCAAGAAAACACAAAGAAAAAGUAAAUCGUGA